UUAAAAAUACAAGAUAUAAAAACUCUUGAUCAGACGCGAUAUUAUACGCCCGUAGCAAGUGUUUAAUAUUUUACUACAGUGCGCGCGCUGUGGAAGUGAGAUGAGUCGUGUUCAGUGCGAGCGUAAACAAGAGAGAUCGUAGACAUCACACGAACAUUGAAUUUAUAUAAGCAUAUUGUUUAUCGGAAUUAUGAUCGAAAAUUCUAUUAAUACAGAAAUAAUUGUAAAUAUAACUUGUUUAGUGAUUGUGAUAGAAAGAUGGAGAAUUUUUCAUCUAUUCAAGAUUUUGAAAAUCAUGCCUUAAGUCAUUUACCUCAAGAUGUCCAAAAUUAUUACACACGUGGCUCUGGAUCACAAGAGACGGUGAAGCUUAACAAAGAAGCAUUUAAAAGAUUAAGAAUACACCCGAAACUGCUGAGAAACGUAUCAAUGAGAAAUAUUAGUACAUUCAUUCUUGGAGAAAAAAUUUCAAUGCCUCUAGGAAUUUCGCCAACUGGACUUCAAAAACUGGCACACUCCGAAGGAGAAUGUGCUAAUGCGAAAGCUGCAGAGUCUGCAAAAAUAAUCUUCAUUCUUUCAGCCUACGCCAACAGCUCAAUUCAAGAAGUGGCAAACGCAGCUCCACAGGGUAUUAAAUGGCUCCAAUUAACAAUUUUAAAAGAUCGCGAUUGCAUUAUUCAUCUGGUUCGUAGAGCUGAGCAAGCAGGUUUUAAAGCGAUUGUAGUAACUAUUGAUAAUCCUGUCAUGCCAGACUCCAAAACUAAUAAAAUAUUUACCAUUUCCCAGCAAAUAAAAUUAAGUAUCUAUCAAGAUUAUUUCGAAACUAAGUAUUCUAAAAAAGAUAUAGGCAAUAUUUUUUUACAAGUCAAAUCAAUGAUGGACGAUUCUCUGACAUGGAAAGACGUGUCGUGGCUUAAAAGAGUUACGAAAUUGCCAAUUGUUGUAAAAGGGGUUUUGAGACCGGAAGAUGCAUUGUUAGCAAUUAAACAUGGUGCAAGUGGUAUACUAGUAUCUAACCAUGGUGGUCGACAACUUGACUCGGUUCCUGCUACGAUCGAAGUUCUUCCAAAUAUUGUUAAAGCUGUUGGAGACAGAGCAGAAGUAUAUAUGGAUGGUGGGAUCAGGCAAGGCACAGAUGUAUUCAAAGCAUUAGCUCUCGGUGCUAAAAUGGUUUUUAUGGGUCGACCCCUAAUAUGGGGAUUAGCUUGCGGAGGGGUGCAAGGUGCUCGUGCAAUACUUGAAAUGAUACGAAAUGACAUUGAUGAAACAUUUGCCAUGGCGGGUUGCUCUAGUGUUCAAGAAAUCACUCAAGAUUUUGUGACUCAUGAAAUACUUUACGCACAUCUUUAGUUUGCAUUUAAUCUCCGAUAUGCCAAUGCUAAUCAUAGUAUAAUAGAUACCGCCAUGAUAGCAUGUAUGAAAAUAUAUUAGACAUUUAAUGCAUUUGAUAAAAUAUUAAAAACAUUUUUUAUCAAAAAUUGUUUAUGCACUCGCGACA